ACAAGGACGGGAAAUGGAAAGUUGUGAGGCAUCCGGGGGUGGCCAUCCAUUCGUGUGCGGGGCCCUGUGGCGUCUGUCCUUGAUGAAUGGGGGCCGCCAAGAGACGGGCGAAUCCAUAGAGCACCCCGAGGGUGUCGCAGAGCUGUCGCUGCCAUUACUGUGGGGAAGAAGAAGCUAGACGGUGGAAGGGGUAGCCGUGACUGUGGGCUGGCUGCUGCUUUGGAGGCUGAGAAAGGCCACAGACACUGAGCAACUGCCCGAGGCUCAGGCUCGGGGCCUACAGCUGGGAUGCCAGGCUGGCCCAAACCAAAACUGCUGGAACGUUAAUGGCCAGAUUGAGGGAACAAGAUGGGAAGCAGACACUUAACCCGCCAUGCCGCGUGGCUGAAGGGAAGGCAGCUUCCCCGACAGGGAGUCCAGAUGGUUGGGGCCCGUCCAAAUGGGAACCCCAAGGCGUGGGACCCUAUAGAGAGCACUGAUGAAGAGGAAGAAGAUUGGGACGAGGUCAUGGAGCUCCCUGUCCCCCAGGCACAGAUGAAGAGCUCUUUUCUCCCCCAGAGCAGAGGCAGCUGACCAUCAGGAGGGAUGCCUCUCUCUCCCAUCAUAAUGGUGAUAUUCUGUUAACCUCAGGGUCUGUUUCCCGUUUCACAGUAGCAGCCCCCACGCUUGGAGCUCAUUUGACAGCAGACGGAUGGCUGGAGAAUGCAGACAGAAGGCAAAGACCUGGAUGACCUGUCAACUACUUGGGUGUUUUCUGGCCAGGAGCAGCAAAGGCGGCUGCCGAGUCCUGUCUGACGCCCACGGCGGGGUGUUGCUCCAGGAUGUUGCUUCGAACGUUAGCAGCCCCCACGCUUGGAGCUCAUUUGACAGCAGACGGAUGGCUGGAGAAUGCAGACAGAAGGCAAAGACCUGGAUGACCUGUCAACUACUUGGGUGUUUUCUGGCCAGGAGCAGCAAAGGCGGCUGCCGAGUCCUGUCUGACGCCCACGGCGGGGUGUUGCUCCAGGAUGUUGCUUCGAACGUUAGCAGCCCCCACGCUUGGAGCUCAUUUGACAGCAGACGGAUGGCUGGAGAAUGCAGACAGAAGGCAAAGACCUGGAUGACCUGUCAACUACUUGGGUGUUUUCUGGCCAGGAGCAGCAAAGGCGGCUGCCGAGUCCUGUCUGACGCCCACGGCGGGGUGUUGCUCCAGGAUGUUGCUUCGAACGUUAGCAGCCCCCACGCUUGGAGCUCAUUUGACAGCAGACGGAUGGCUGGAGAAUGCAGACAGAAGGCAAAGACCUGGAUGACCUGUCAACUACUUGGGUGUUUUCUGGCCAGGAGCAGCAAAGGCGGCUGCCGAGUCCUGUCUGACGCCCACGGCGGGGUGUUGCUCCAGGAUGUUGCUUCGAACGUUAGCAGCCCCCACGCUUGGAGCUCAUUUGACAGCAGACGGAUGGCUGGAGAAUGCAGACAGAAGGCAAAGACCUGGAUGACCUGUCAACUACUUGGGUGUUUUCUGGCCAGGAGCAGCAAAGGCGGCUGCCGAGUCCUGUCUGACGCCCACGGCGGGGUGUUGCUCCAGGAUGUUGCUUCGAACGUUAGCAGCCCCCACGCUUGGAGCUCAUUUGACAGCAGACGGAUGGCUGGAGAAUGCAGACAGAAGGCAAAGACCUGGAUGACCUGUCAACUACUUGGGUGUUUUCUGGCCAGGAGCAGCAAAGGCGGCUGCCGAGUCCUGUCUGACGCCCACGGCGGGGUGUUGCUCCAGGAUGUUGCUUCGAACGUUAGCAGCCCCCACGCUUGGAGCUCAUUUGACAGCAGACGGAUGGCUGGAGAAUGCAGACAGAAGGCAAAGACCUGGAUGACCUGUCAACUACUUGGGUGUUUUCUGGCCAGGAGCAGCAAAGGCGGCUGCCGAGUCCUGUUUGCUGCCCACGGCGGGGUGUUGCUCCAGGAUGUUGCUUCGAACGUUAGCAGCCCCCACGCUUGGAGCUCAUUUGACAGCAGACGGAUGGCUGGAGAAUGCAGACAGAAGGCAAAGACCUGGAUGACCUGUCAACUACUUGGGUGUUUUCUGGCCAGGAGCAGCAAAGGCGGCUGCCGAGUCCUGUCUGACGCCCACGGCGGGGUGUUGCUCCAGGAUGUUGCUUCGAACGUUAGCAGCCCCCACGCUUGGAGCUCAUUUGACAGCAGACGGAUGGCUGGAGAAUGCAGACAGAAGGCAAAGACCUGGAUGACCUGUCAACUACUUGGGUGUUUUCUGGCCAGCCUGAGCAGAGGGAAUCUGUCUGGGACCUGGACAACAAUGGUGGCCUCGCCACGCGUGAGUCUGACUGCUGGGUCUACAGCGAGAUGUGGUGGUCAUCCUCCUCUGGACUUCCAUGGAAAGUUGGCCCAAUAAGCGCCUGGCUCCAAAGUCUGCCCACCUCUUGGACUCUUGAUACUCCUUAGCAGCUGUUGCCUCUGUUGCAUUUGUGGUAUUUGGUUGCAGCGCCCUCUGCAUACAUGACCCCUGGGACAUGGCGGAAGAGGGUCGGACCAACAUUGUAAGGGUCAUAUAGGGUGUGUGGGGUGGAGCGUAUGGUCAGGCCGCUCAAGAUCGCUGUUCUCUUGCUCUCUGUACAUCCCCAGUUCGACCAGGCCCUGGUACACUCCCAUGACCAUCCAAUCCUCGUAAUUGUAGGGCUUAACUAGUCCCUAGUAACUGAUGAGCCCACCUGAAGUGAAUUCACCCUCUAACUGGUAGCCUCCUUCUCCCUUGGAGUAGCGAAAACUGCUGCCGUUUCCUACGUCGUAUCUUCCAUCCACAGUGGGGAGUCGCUGAAGGAUGUUGUUUAGGACACGUAAGAUCCCCUAUCAAACGAAUUGUCAUCUCUGUCGCUGCCUCUGGGCUCUUCGGUCUCGGGGCUGGGCUACUACAAGGCUCAACAGUCAUGUCUCCUCCAAGAGACCCUUUCGAAACACAGGGUGAUUCCGAGUAAGCACUUUGCCCGGCCCUGCCGGCCUUCCCCCCAAGGCCUCUGCUCUGUGCUCCCCGCCCUUCCAAGGCCCCAUCUGACGUCCUGUCUCCUCUUUUCCCGUAAGGCUGUUAGUGAGAAGUUCCCGUCUCCUGCCUCCCUCCAGUCUCUCCUCUACUUAGCCCAACCGGGAAGAGUGAGAAUCCUCCAGCUGAGAUUUUGUGGGUCUAGAAACGGGUGUGAACAGGUGACUCGGGAGACACGAAGUGGAGGAAAAGAGAAUCUUCCACAUGGAGGUGGUCAAGGGACAAAGGAGGGCCCCAGCUGUCCAUGUGCCAAUUACCAACACAUCCC